AAUAAUUUUUGCAUUUAUGAAUUAAAUAAUUAGUAUCAUGUUACCGUCAAUAACAAUAUGUAUAAUGCGACGUUUAUUCGUAGCGAAGAGAUUGCCCCGCCUGUUGCUAAAUCGUUACAUACGCAACAUGCCGGCAAUGCCGGCUAAGGUUUUUGUUGACUAUGAGAAUCAAUACGCACACAGCAUCUUGUCGGAUUCUCUGAAGCCUUAUCAGAUUGUGCGCCCCAGCGAUUGCUUGAAAGUAGCUUCAACUGAUACUCAAUGUGACACGCCUCCGCGUGUGCUGCAACCCGUAAAGAAUGCGCGACCGGCUGAGUUAUAUGCGGAUUUUCGGUCGCUGGUCCAGUACUGUGCGCGCACGUGCGUUCAAAUCAGCGAGGACCGUUUUGAUGACUUUAUAACCUACUAUUGCGAGGAAAUACAUAAGUUCAGCGAUGAGCAGCUGUUGGGUACACUGCUUUGCCUACAACAGUUACCCACGCCAGCGUCCACAAAGGCUGCCAACUAUAUGGAGCUGUGGAACAUACUGGACAUCGAGUGCUGUCGCCGCAUCGAACGGUGGCCAACUGCCCAACUGUUGUUGGUGAGCGAUGCCUGGUAUCAGCUUGGACUUGCACGCAUUGGUGAAUUUGUGUGGCUCGCGUUGCGUAGGCUUGGCCGCAAAGUGCGCAAGAUGCCGCCGGAGCAACUGGUGCAGUCUAUGUUUCUGUGUAAUUUGCUGCGUCGGCCCGUGUUCGAGAUGUUUGACUUUGAGGUAAAUUUGGAGCAGUGCGUACAGCAAAUGACGCUCAAGGAGCUGGGAGUCAUGGCCAUGGGCUUCUUCAAAACACAAACGCCCAUUCGCAGUCCCCAGCUGCUGCAACAGCUGUACACUCGCCUAUUAGCACAGCUGGAUAAUGUGGAAGACAUCACGCUAGUCUCUAUGCUCAAGGUUUUGCGCUACAGCAGCAAAUUGCCACAAGUAUCUGCACUUAAUCAGCUUUUAGUGGCGCUGCAGCCGCAAGUGGAGCGCGUCUCGCUGCUGACCUGCUUGCACAUGGCACUGCUUGGCUGCGAGCUGCAGACCUGCAAUGAUAAGCUUGUGGAGCGCAUUUUGCUGCGCUUCGAGCGCGAACUAGAUAUGACCCGGCUUAAGGACUUGGAGCGCAUUUGUCUGGUCAUAGCACUGUUUAACAUGAACACAGCUAGCGGCGUUGAAUACCGUCUAGUCGACCGCUUUCCAGAAUUGCUGCGAGGCCGCAUUGAUGAGAUCUUGCGUUAUCCCCGCUGCUACACCAACUGUCUGCAGUUUCUCAGCAUGCGAGGCGUUUACGAUGUUGAGCAACUGGGCGUGGCGUUGGAGCCACGCUUCCUGCGCCACACCUAUCGUAGUGGCCUGCCAGGCCGCGAAUAUUUUCACCUAGAUAGCUUUGCCCAGCUAUUAGGCUCUGAGUAUGAAGGGCCACGACUUACAGAACGGCAACGUCAGCAAAUGGGUAAGCUGUAUACACAAUAUAUACCUGAUCGCACAGAUACUCGCUCGAAACUCAACAGCACAGAUCGCAUCCUCUUGGAGAUUCGCGAUGCUGUUGGCAGUCUGCUGCGGACCACAGUUAGUCUUAAACACGUUCUGCCCCACUACGAUCGCUGUGAUGCCAUCGUUGGCUAUGAUCGACAACAGCAGCGCCCUGUGUCAUUGAAUGCUAGCACGUGUCCUAAGGACUACAGUGGCAUCUUGCUCACACGACAGCACUUGCUUGGCUCCAAGGAGGCUCCACACAUAGAUACGUUGAUAAUUGUAGUCGCUGGAUGGAAUAAUGUUAUACGUGACAAGGAACGCUACACUGGACAGUUUGCCAUGAAGCUAAAACAGCUACAGCAGCUGGGACACAAGCCAAUCGUGAUCCAUUGGCACGAAUGGCGGGAACUGGAAACAUCAACGGAUCAGCAGGACUUCUUAAAAAGACGUCUGUGCCAAGCGGCUAAUAUCUGAUUGGCGACACGUUGAGUUGGCAGGGUGUGGACGCGCUCGAUGAUCGUGAAUCGUUAAUACUAUUCUAAUCAUAGUAUUAACAAUAGAAUUAGUUAAUAAUAGCAACAAAAAAGGCAACAACUCUGUAGUGGAUAGAUUUAUAAUAGAAAUCCAGAAACAUGGGCUAAUUUAUAAUAA